AUGGCAUCAAUGGCCACAUUCGGCUUUGGCUGGGCCAUCCAAGCAAAGACUCAUGUAGCAGUUCCUUUAAUUAUGCAGGUAUUUGUCGGGUUUUCAGCCACUGGCCUGUUCGUUGCCCUUGGCGCGCUCAACACCGACCUGAACACUCAUCAAGCUUCCACCGCUUCAGCCGCUGCAAAUGUCGUGCGGCUGGUGUUUUACAAUAUUGGCUUCAUGAUGCUACUUUGCGGCGUCUCUCUGUACUGCCAGGUCACCAUUGGCUACGGGCAAAGGAUCCAAAAUAAUUUCACUGUCUACCAGCCAUCGCUCCGGCAAUAG